UUUUUUCUUUUAUUAUACUUAUUAGAAUUACAUUUUUAUUCUUAUAUAUUUUAAUAGCUAGAAAUGCGCAAAGCGUUCCGUUGAAGCGCGUAGCUCAGCUCGGCUAUGGUUCCCAACUCUACACAGGCACAGGGUGCUACAGGGUAGGCCAAAAUGACUGACUCUGCCUCGCCUUGGCGUUCGUUCGCCUGUUCAGACGGCGAGCUCCCGCGCAUGCAACUAACUCUCACAGAUUUUCGUUGAUAUUUUACCAUGUGACGUGGAUAGAUUUUUGCGGAAAAGUUUAUACGGUGAAAAAAACGGUGCCGAUUCGGUUGAUCAGUGAUUCGUCGAUAUCUCUUCACAAUUAGGUGUUGCAAACGCAGCAGGAAAAAGAGCCCCGAAAGAAAGAGAUCCGCAAAGAAACAGAAUUUCUUUAUGAAAAAAAGCGAGCCCAGCCCGCAUGGAAGGAUAUCUAGCUAACCCUACCUAACACGAUCGAACCGAAUCCGAGCAAACUCAAGUUGAUCUUUACGGAUCGCGAGGCUAAGCCGAGUAAAGAGGAACGUAACGAAAAUCAAAUAUCCACGUCUAACGAAUAUAUAAAUAAAAUUUUCGGGUUCGAGAUAUCGGUUCUAAUGGUAACAUCUGCAGACGAACGAUUUCUCACAUGGGAACUGAGGAGUGUCGUACGUACGUAUAAAGUAAAUGCUUCGAUCGGAGUGGAGUGAAUAUAAUAAUAACGAUAAUAAUUCACCGAUAUCUUUCAACACCGUUAUGACUUCGUUGAAAAAAUCCAACGAAACGUGUGUAUCUUACAAAAGUGCGUGUGAUAAAAUAAUAAUAACUUAUACAUUGUGCCGUGUGAUGUUUAAUAACGAUUGUGAUAGUAUUUCGUCUAGGCGAUGCAGCGUGAGUUGCAACGUUAUGGCGCAAGGAGAAUAAUAAAAUUAUUAAAAAAGAAAGAUAUGCGGAUUUUUUCGCGACGGUUGAAAAAAUUGGAAGACGCGAGGCAGGGAAGGGCGGACCGCGCGCCGCCCAAUCGGUGAUAGAGACGCGCCCGAUAUAUUCCUCGUCAAUUUCUAACGUUCGAUUAUUAUCGCAAAUAUUAUUGUUGUUGCGAUUAUUUAUAUCGGUGUCAUUGCUACUGCUAUUAUUUUUUAACUUUUAUUAUUAUCACUAUUAUCAUUAUUAUCAUUAUUAUUAUUAUUAUCACUAUUACUACGAUUAUUAUUUUUUAUUCUUUAAACCAAGUUAACGUUCGCGCGCGCGUUUUGUAAAAUUAUAUCGAAAAUAAAGAUUUACAAAAUUCUACAAAAAUUUACAAAAUAAAAACGUGCAAAAAUUGUAAAGUGAAUGCGACAUAAUUAUUAUUAUCAUCAUCAUCAUCGCCACCACCACCAUUAUCAGUUUAUUGUUACAUAUUAGUGCGCGAGUUCAUUAUACGUGAAAAGUUAAUAAACGGAAUAUAAGUGAUAAGAAGAUAGAAACGAAAAAUAAAAAUAAAAUAAAAAAAAAAAGUGGAAAAAGAAUAAAGAAGAGAAGGACGAGAAGGAGAAUAACUGGAUGAUCAUUGGACGAGAGUAUAUAAAUGUUAACAGUGAUACACGUCUAAAAGUAUAUGUUGCAUAAUGCGUUGGAUGUGAUGGAGGCGGUAGGCAAACAAGUCCAGGUCGUGGGUGGACUCGGCGUCGGUGGUCCGGUCGGGGGUGAUCUCCACCAUCAUCAUCAUCCCCACGGAGCUCAUGGACACCCUCUCGUUACCACGGCCACCCCGCCAAGGGUUCAGCCUCAGACGCAGCACAAUCAACAUCCUCCGCCCAGAUCCACGCCCGUACAACUCCACAGAUCGACGCAGGAGUACAUCAGCAUCAAGGGCAGUAGUCCCGUGUCACCGAGGGCUGGAGGACCCUACGUGGGUCCCGGAGGACCGCCGGGCGGGGGUGGCGGAGCGAUUGGUCCACCAGGAAGCGGAGGUGGCGGAGGUAAUCCCGGCGGAGGAUACGUCGCCGUACCCGGGAACCUCCGUUACGUUCAUCCUUAUCCUCCUCCCCCGUCGACACCCGUCAACCAGACUCCGCCACCCCUACCACAAUCGGGCACAACAGCCUACAGCAGGGAAGCCUACAGGAAUGCAGCGUCUAGUGUAAACGAGAGGGUGGCCAUCAGCGUCAGCAGCAGUCCUGUGUCUCAGGUUGGAGUUGGUCACGGGGGUGGUGAUUACGUUGUCAGUACUCGACCCCGGAUAUCUCUGCUUCCGCCGUCGUCUGUUGCCCCUGCGCCGGUUUCCGCUGCUCAGGAGUAUCACAGUGCCGGGUCUAGGACGCAACGAGGUCUCAUGCCGGUGCAAACGAAUCAAUAUUGCACCAGACCUGUCGACAUUUCCACUCUUCAGGAUGGACCUGCAUUCAAAAAAAUCCGAUUGAGUCUGCCUCAGUCCUCGAUGCAAACUCAGAAUUCCGAUGUUUGCAUCAAACAGGAACACAUACAGCUACAGCAACCCCUCAGGAUAGAUACCAGGAAGCAGCCGACAGCAGGAGCGUAUACGCCGCAAACCGAGGCUAUUUCACCAACUUUACCAGAACCUGGUACACAGGAAGAUGCGCAGUUCAGGAGUACAAAGGAUGAUUUGCUGCAACAAAUAGCCAAAGUCGAUCGGGAGAUAGCGAAAGCUGAGUCCCAAAUCAUUAAGCUUAAGAAAAAACAGCAGGAGCUUGAAGAGGCAGCGAACAAACCUCUCGAACCUCCUGGCUUGAAGCGGCCGGUCGAAGAACAGUCUCAACAGCCUAAACAUCAGUCUCUCGCUCAGAAGAUUUAUGCCGAGAACAGAAGAAAAGCUCAAGAAGCUCACAUUCUUCUGGACAGACUGGGUCCGAGAGUUGAACUGCCACUGUAUAACCAGCCUUCGGAUACCCCAAUAUACCAAGAAAACAAAAGUAGGCAUCAAGCGUGUAUGAGAGCUAGGCUUGUGGCAAGGUUGAGGAGAGAGCAUGCGGAACGUGCUUCCCUUCACAGACAACAGUCCCAUACGUAUGCCACUUUGGUUCAAGAAUGGCAUCGUAAGGUUGACAGGCUAGAGGGGACUCAGAAGAAAAAGACUAAGGAAAGUAAAAAUCGCGAGUUCUUCGAAAAAGUCUUUCCUGAGUUACGUAAGCAACGGGAAGAUAAGGAGCGGUUCAAUCGAGUAGGAGCUCGUAUUAAGAGUGAAGCGGAUCUUGAAGAAAUUUUGGAUGGCUUACAGGAACAGGAGAUGGAAGACAAAAAGAUGCGAUCGUAUGCAGUGAUACCUCCACUCUUAUUGGAUACCAAGCAGAGACGAAUCGCCUUCCAAAAUCGCAAUGGUCUUCUUCAACCAGAGGAACUCGAAGCUCUUCAUAACGAACGUCGUCUAAUAAAUGUCUGGGGUCCUAUGGAACACGAGCUUUUCAAGGAGAAAUACUUACAACACCCUAAAAACUUCGGAGCAAUAGCUCAAUCUCUAGAACAUAAAAAUGUACCAGAUUGCGUGCUUCACUAUUAUCUCACGAAAAAGACAGAAAACUACAAACAACUACUGCGGAAGUCCAGACAACGUACGCGUAGCUCUAGAAAUAAUCCUAAUAACAAGGUGAACAAUAGUAAUUCGGGAAUCGGGCCAAUAGAUAUUCUUUCUACUGGUGUUACGACGAGGCUUCAAAGAGAACAACAACAAAAAACCCAGGAAAACCCUCAAGCCAAUGCGACGACGAGUACAACCAGUACCACCACGACAGCAACGACAACGACGGCAGCUACGACGGUUAGUACGUCCGCUGCUGCUACUGCGACAUCCUCGAGUACGUCGACUUCAAAUACCUUAGCGGAUGCAAGCAUAACGACAUCGACUACGACAACCAAUACGCUUACCACUACUGCCACGACGAGCGUUGCUACUACCACCAUAACGACUAGUACGAAAGAUGCUAAAGAUGCGAAUAAAGAAAAUAAAGAUAGUAAAGAAGGUCUCAUAAAAGAAAUCAAAGAGGAAUCACAGUCCAGUUCGGAAACCGCGUCGGGGAAAGACACCAAAAUCACAAUAGACAACAAGACAGCUUUGUCAACGUCGAUGAACGUUGUUACUCCCAGCAUCCUAUCGUCGCAGACUGAUGUCAAAGAAAAAAAGAAACCUGGUACGGGUAAUGCGGGUAACCUAGGUCGAACUAAGGAUAAGAAGAAGGAGAAUCACGCGACUCCUAUGGAGACUAGCGACGAAGAAGCGGUCCAUCCUAUGGAAACAAUCGAAGGUGGAAGACAGCUAGGACCACACAAUUGCGUUGUCUGCCAAACCACGGUCGAAGGUGGAGGACAAAGCCGCGCGCUGGCCAGAAGUCAAGCUUCCCAGUAUGGAUUGAGGGAUGAUCAAGUUCCGCUUGGGGCUCGUGUUUGUAAUACCUGUAGAUGCAAAGUUGUUCGCGGACGUUAUACCGCAUGUCCACUACCCGGUUGCCCGAAUUUAAAUAAUGCAAAUUCGAACUCGAAGACUAGGGUGAAGCGACUCCGCGCUCUACCUCCCAAAUGGAAUGAUCUUCCACCAGAGAUUCGAGAUCCGGUCAUACAGGAAUUUCAAAUUCCAAGUAACGUGACAAAAUGCUGUUCGGCAUGUUUUAAUCGAAUAUCGAGACGUUUGGCGCCUCAUCUCACGGGGAGUGCGGAUAACGUCGAGGAUGCGGAUGGUCCGGGACGACAAUGGACGGACGAAGAAUUGGAGCAAUUAAAACGAGCUCUACGGGAGCACGGUACAAAUUGGCCCAAGGUGUCCGAACAGAUAUCUGGGAAAACGAAUCAUCAGUGUAAAAACUAUUAUUUAACAUACCGGAAAAAAUUGGGACUCGAUCAGUUGGUCGCGGAAUAUUAUCAAACACUUGGUGAAGAGAGGCGGCCUUGUCUCACAGACGAAGAAGAGAGCGGAAGUAGCACAAGUAGCUGCGACGAAUUGGCUGUGCAUGAUUCGAGCGACACGGCAAGUGCCGGUAGUCCGACAAAUACAAUUGCAAGUGCCGGUAUGCCUGUUGUUGUAACGACAAAUACUGUCAUGUCCUUGCCGAUGCCGCUACAACAGACCGGAGAUUCAAAACAUACGGAAAAACUUGCAGAUAUGGCAGUUGUCUCGUUAGUACCACCACCGGUAGCUAUAGUAACUCCUCAACAACCGUCUACUGGAGGUGGCCCACCACCAGUAGCCAAUAGAGAGGAUUAUGACAGUUCAGCUACGGAGACGGCGGACGAGGGUCAGGGUGGUACCGAGUUAGAUAACCCUAGCAUUGUGGUUACAUUGAGUUCAACGACGAAUACUUCCACUGUUCUGCAGCAACAGCAACAGCAGCAAUUACUGCCGACUCAUUCACCUCCUCCAAAGCCAGCUAACAGUAAUCCCUUAACUGUUAAGGAUUUGAUGCUCGGCGUGAUAGAAAUGCAAUUUAAACGGAACCCAAAUAGUCCUGCUGGCAAUAACUCAAAUAUUUCCGUUAGUAGUUCUGGUACUCCAACUAUCUCAAGUAUACUCAAAACGGAUCAUCGUAGUGAUAUCAGCUUUGUUCGCGACUACAAACCUACAACUAUCCCACCUGGUUCCAGUAGGGAUUCGGGUCUUGCUACAUUAUCAGUUGUCUCCAGUACUCAUCAUGGGCAUCAUUCCACACCUAGUCCGCAACAAAUCGGUCAAAUGCAAGCUACCAUCACACCUUGUCCACCUCCACCAUCCGGAAGUCAAAAUCAAUCUUCAGACCUUUUGCCCAAGGAAGGACUAGUUGUGAUGCAAGUACAACAAGCUUUACGUGAGACUGAAGGUGUAACACUAGAUCUGAGUAUAAAAAAGCCUAGACAACAACAUGAGUAUAAUCAUUCGUUGCAACCACCUCAUAAACCACCACCAGUCACUCUGUAUCGAACCGAACCACCACCAGGAACAUAUUAUCAUCCUCAUUCUCAUCCCGAGCAAAGUCGGGGUGCCAAGAGUCCGCACGUGUACACCUCUUCUCCUAGGCCACAAGCUCCGUUAACACCUAAAAUGAAUAAAGUUACUGUUCCACCACCACAUCCGAAAUUAUCACCAAAGUUAGGAAGUAUUACAACCGGUCAUAAAGGUGGUUCCAUCACACAUGGUACCCCUGUGUCCGGUGCCCGGUACGAGGGACUUCUUAGACAAAUGACCCCCCCAGGACCGGGAAGUGCUGGUGGUCAAGGACCUAAAGAAACUGGCUCUAUCACGCAAGGAACACCCGUCCAUCCGUUUGCCACAAACGACAAGCGGGCACCCAUGUAUGAUUAUCAUCGACAGAUUCGGGUGCCACCUACUUCGUCGGCUCCUGUUUCCAGUCAAAGUCAAAGUCAGGGACAAGGACAAGGAGUAGUAGUGACGCACGGUUCGCAGGGGUAUAAUUCUUACCCUCCACGACCUCCACCAAGUUAUACGAUGGAGCAACAACUUGCUUCAAGGCAGGUUAUAAUAAACGAUUACUUUUUGAGUCAACAAAUGCAUGCUAGAACUCGCGGAAACAGUGGAGCAGAGACUGGAACUAAGAACGAAGCACCUUCUCCUAUUUAUUAUGCUGGUACACCACCUCCGCCGCCACAGCACCCUCAACCACGUCAAGGUGUUAUACAAAGGCACAACCCACAGAAGCAACAUCAUUACGCUCCACCACCUCCCGGGCUUGAGGCGUUUUCGAGUUUAGUGGAGGUUGCAGUGCAACAGCCAAAUCUUCCUGUACCCCACCCGCAUCCUCAUUCAACCGGUGGAGGUGGGGGGCACGAAGGUCUUGGUAAAACAAUGGCUGAUCGAUUAAUGGCAGAUAGGUACAAUGAGAAUCGGCCACUCCGCGACCAAGAAACGCGCUUGCAAGAACAUCGAUUGGCAAUGCAACAGGCAGAACAUCGAAUAGUUGUUGCUCAACAACGGGAAAGAGAGCGAGACCGAGAACGAGACUUUGUUCACGUUAGAGAGAAAGACGAGCACCGGUUACAGAGGGACAAAGAAAUACAACAGCACGAACAUCGGUUUGUUGUACAACAUCAUCAUCAACAGCAGCAACAGCAACAGCAGCAACAACAACAGCAACAACAACAACAACAACAACAACAACAACAGCAGCAGCAGCAGCAGCAGCAGCAACAACAGCAACAACAGCAGCAGCAACAGCAACAACAACAACAACAACAACAACAACAACAACAACAACAACAACAACAACAACAACAACAGCAGCAGCAGCAGCAGCAGCAGCAGCAGCAGCAGCAGCAGCAGCAGCAUAGGGAAAAAGAACUCCAGCAACAGGAACACCGUUUGGCUGUGCAACAACAACGUGAAAAAGAAAUGCAACACGAACAUCGGUUAGCGGUUCAUCAGAAAGAACUACAACAAAUGGCUGCUGCUCAAAGGGAAAAGGAACACCAGGAUCAUCGAUUAGCAGUUCAGCAGCGUGAAAAAGAAAUGCAACAAGCUGAGCAUCGUCUCGCUUUUCAACACCAGAGGGAGAGGGAUUUAGCUCAUAUUCAGCAACAACAAAUCCAACAACAUCUACAACAGCGCAUGGAAGCAGAAAGAAGACAACAUAUGGCACAAAUCUACAGAGAUCAACAGCACCAGCAACUAGAUAGAGAAUCAACGAGAAUCCUGGGAGGUAGUUUUCCUUCUUCAAGACAUCAACAGCAGCAACAACAACAGCAGCACCCACAGGUGCAGCAACAUCAACAACAACAACAACAACAACAACAACAACAAGUACAGCAACAACAGCAGGUACAACAGGUACAACAGCAGCAGCAGGUACAGCAACAGCAACAACAACAGCAACAACAACAACAACAACAACAGCAACAACAGCAGGCAACAGCUCGACAAAAUCAAUUGUCAGUUAACCAACAACCAGGAGAAACUUCAUCAACCUUAACAGCAGCGAGUCUAAUCGACGCCAUCAUUACGCAUCAGAUUAACCAGAGUUCUGACAAUUCAGGGGGGACCUCUAUGUCUAACAAUCAGCCUACCAGACCUGGUGAUCGUCUAUUCCAGGCCGUACAUCGAGAUAGUCCUGCAGAACCAAAUGGUACUGCACACAGUCCUGCGGGUGAAAGUGGUGGAGGCGGAAAUAAAGUCAUUACUCUUGGAGAACACGUUGACCACAUUGUCACAAAAGAUUACGGCCCGCCGCAUAGCUCGAGUUACAGACCAUACCCAAGUUACCAUGAUGAACAGUGGAAACGUAGGAAAGGUCCGGACGUAGAGCCUGCCAAGCCAGGAGACGAACGCCAGAUCAUCCGUGUGGCUCAGCAACAGCAACAGCAACAACAACAACAACAACAACAACAACAACAACAACAACAACAGCAGCAGCAGCAGCAGCAGCAACAGCAACAACACCCACAACAACAACAGCAACAACAACAGCAACAGCAGCAGCAGCCUCAGCAGCCACAGCCACAGCAACAACACCCACAACAACAACAACAACAACAGCAACCACCUCCAACUUCUAACAAGCAACAAUUCCAUCCAGUUGAACCAGUUUCACCACCCGAAACCACUACAAAUCACUACGCGCGUCGUUUUUACGAAACAACGACAACAACCACUGCCACUACACCUUCUAACAAGCCUCAUCUUUCUCCAUUGGACUAUGUAAAAAACAAAAUUGUUGAAGUGAUGAGAACAUCGGAAGACGAUAAAGCGAUAGGAGUUGUAGAUAGAAAUGGGGGGAACGGUGGCACUGAGAAGGAGGAAAAAACGGGUGUAGAAAGCCCUUCGGGAGGGGAAAUGGUUAUCGAUGAAAGUGGUAGCCAACCGCAACAACCACUCGUACCUGGACCUACAACUCUUUAUCCGUACAGUGCACUUGGUGUACAUGCUGGUCCUCCCCCAGCUCCGCAACCUGCUUCUUUUGCUAACAAAGCCGAACAAACACAGGCUGAACCUGCCCCUCUUCUCUCCGCCCAAUAUGAACCGCUCUCAGAUGAGGACUGAUCGAACGAAUAGCAUUAACGACAAUUUAUUGCAGUAACUGCUGCAAAGUAAAUUAAUACAAGGACUCAUCUACUUUAAAACGUAGAGAAUAUAACGAAUCGAUGACAAGAUUCGCGUAAUGAAUUAUUUCAUCGCAUGGUGCAAUUCGAUACUCAUUUGCCAAAUUUUUUUCUGAUCCUUAUACCUAUGUAGUAAGUGAUACGUGGUUGAAUCAUAUGUUUUAAUAUAGAUGUAUUUUUUAUUCCAUUUGGUAUUUCAAAUAGAUGUCAGAAUCGCUUAUCAAGAAAAUAAUUCCUCUGGCCAAGAAAAGAUGUACAUAGUGCAUUUUCAAGUUCAAUAAUGCCAGUCGUGAGUUAGGAGUAUAAAGAUGUACCUGUAACAGUGAGUUUUGGUCGAUAGCUUAUUGUUAAGUAAAAAUUGAAAAAUGUUAUGAAAUAGAAAAACUCACGUCAUAAACUAUUGGAUUACACACAUACAUGCCACUAUAUUACAAUCUCAUUUCAUUAAUAUGUCCAGUUUUCUAAUGGCGAAUCGGACUCACUGCACUGAUUGUGAGUGCGCCCUAUGUACACUUUCCCUAGAGAUAGAUUUUAACUGGAGUCAAAAUCUAGAGAGCUGGUAUUACAGUUAUAGAAAGAUUGGAAAAUAUUGCUUACAGCUUCGAAGGAUCAGAUUUGAGGAAUGUUUAUCAUUGAUUGAGCCCAACUUACUCGAAAAAAUUUAUCAUAAUAGAUUGAUAAAAUUUCAUUGUAAAAUAAACUGACGUAUAACUUUUCAAAUAAAUUAACGGCUAUUUACUUUUGAUAUAGGUAUGGGGGAGAUAAGAAUCGUCCAUGCAUCAAAUGACUAUGUAAUUUACCUUCGCUGAAGCGCUGGUAAGUACAGAUGAGGAGAAAAGGAAGGAGACCGAUGCUGGUUAUCAUUGAUUACUUAUAUAAAGACAUUGCAGCGCCAUUUUAUAUAUUUUAAUAUUCAGAAUUAUUUGCAUAAAGACAAAGAAUUGGCACCAUGCAUAAACUAAGACCUGUAGUUAAUUGAACGAAUCAAUAGAGCUCGCUAUUGAAAUGAGCAGCAUGGCAACAUGAAAAGUGUGAAAUGUCCGAGUUUAUAAUACAGACGCUUUUUGUAAAUAAUACUAAACGAUAAUACGAAGAUUAGAGUGUGUAUGUUUUUAUUUCGAAUGAGUCAACUAUGUGACCGAAAUUCAACUCUUUAAUUGUAAACCAGUGCGAAAUGUAGCGAGUAGUCGCAUAAAACGGUAAGAUACGUUUAUAUAAAUAGUAUGUUUUAAGGAGAACCCGUUUACUACUCUUUUUUUUGGUAAAGUGGAUUAAAAUGUAAUUCUAAGCGUUGUACAUAGUACAUAAUGUUAUUUUUAAGCUAAGUAAAUAAGUGAAAAUAAUUUUAGUUGACCAUAGCUUAAGUAUAUAUAUAUAAAUAUAUGUAUAUAUAUAUAUGUAUGUAUAUAUAUGUAUGUAUAUAUAUAUAUAAUUAUUACUAUAAUAAUAAUAUAGUAGCUAGCAUUUAGGAACCACGAACUGACUAGGGAACCCCUCCCAAGACUACGUUCUCUUAUAUAUGAAUAAACAACAAUUAAAACGAUUGAUUAUUAAUUAACGAAUGUGGAUUUUAUUUAAUUCAAUGACACACUGACUUUUUUAUAUAGCUUAAUUUUAUAUUUGUAUGAAAUGUGGUUUCAUGUGAGGACUGUGACUGUACUGAAGAAUCCAGGAUGAAGAUAGUGUGGACAAAGGGUGUCAGCAUUGAUUAACACAAUAAAAAGAAAUACCUGCAGGGUGUACCAAAUUAGAAACUCUCAUCUGUUUGUGCAAUUCACGUUUCUCUGCGUUCAGAGUCCCUGUAGGAACCUCUUUUUCUCCCAAAUUUCAACAUUUAUCAGCGAAAUAGUAUACAGAAAUGUUCUACCUUGUUAUGACAUCAUACAAGUGAGAAAUACUUUGAUAAUGAAUUUUUGAAGGUAGAUAGUAAUGAUGAAACGAUCCUUACUGGCUGGUGACUCGUUACUCAUUGUGAUUAAGAUCUUCACCCUGCAGAGAAUUCUUUCACACUGCUCUAUCUGAUCUAUUAUAUAUGCUCAUCUAUCAAAUUUGAAAUUUGUAAAACUGUCUUUAGUUUCUACAGCUUCAAUAUUUAUCUGUGUACUUGAAUUCCAGGGAUGCUUACAUUGGAUAUCACAAUAUCAAGUUCUUGUUAAGAGAAGUACUUAAUCAUACAGAAAUUUCCCUUAUCAGCACUAAACUCAAUACUGGAUAAUAAAGAUUUAGUCUCUAAAUUUCCGACUAUGAAUAAAUUUUCUGCUUUAAUUUUGUUAUCCUGACAGCAAAAAUGAAGAUGUAUACAUGAUAAACCAAAUGGCAAGGAUAUCAGCAGAAAAUAUAAUGCUUCCAGAAUAAGUAUGAAUGGUGAGAGUAUGAUCUGCUAGAACUUGAUAUAACUCACAAUCAGCCGAUGAUAAUUUAAGACAUGUUAGCAUCAUAGAAGGGAUUGAAAUACAAACAAGUUAAUAGUAUUACACUAUUACUUGUGAUGCUACUCCAGAAACAUUUAGCAUAGAAGACGUUGUAUUGUACUGUAACAUGUGUACCUAUAUAAUUGUAAAACGGCAUGUGAUCAUUGAUCGAUUAUAUUGACCAAUGGUUAUCUGAUGUCAAAGAGGCUGUACAGGAUCUACGCCGAGGCGCUCAUCCUCUCCUGAAAAUUGUAUCAUAAGUGAACGAAAUAUGAAUCUGCAAGAACUACAAUACUACCCGUAACAUUAUUACCAAUUGAAUAAAAAGUUAAUUACAAAUUAUAGAAAGCGAGCGCAUACCACGCCUACAGUAAAGUACAGAAUGUAACAUACACGAUAUUAUUAUCAAAAUAAUUCAAUGUAAAUUGUUAUUUUUGUUGAAAUAAAAAUCACCUCCGUUAUGAGAGGACCAAGUAA